AAGUAAAGGAUCGCUUUAUUGUUAAAAUGAGUUUCUCCACACCUCCCUGUCUCGCAUCACAUGCAGGAAACAGACAGGCAGAGAUUCGCGUCCAGUGUUACUCCUGAAACAAAAGUUUAGUGAUCACCUGUGAGGUAACGAAUGUCCAGGUAGUGAUUAUUAAACUCUUCACCGUCUUAUUGGAUUAACUGUGCGCUCUUCCUCUUUGGAAUGAGUUUCUUAAGACGCAACAAGAAGAAUGAGGACAAAAAGGGUUCACUCAAGAAUAAAGAUGCACUGGACAGCCCCACCUCCCCACUAGAGUCCCCUAUCAUAGAGGAUGACGUGCUGGACCCUGUCAUCACUGAUUAUGGGUCUGCGAACUCUGACCUGUCUGUGUCGCUUCAAGACUGCAUGACAGCACUGGAUCUGUUUCUUUCAAAUGAAUUUGAAGAUGCUCUCACCAGACUUAAGAGCAGGAAUAAGGACAGCAUGUAUCACGCGCUUACGUAUGCCACCAUACUGGAAAUGCAGGCCAUGAUGACCUUCAACCCCGAGGAUAUCUUGACAGCGGUAAACACUAUGAAAGAAGCACAGGCUUUGUGCCAACGGUACCGUAAAAAGUCUUCUUUGAACAGCAAAAACAUAACAGAAGAGGAGCUCCAUGCUGAAGUGUGUUAUGCCGAAUGCCUCCUCCAGAGGGCAGCACUCACUUUCCUGCAGGAUGAAAAUAUGAUCGGCUUCAUUAAGGGAGGAAUAAAAGUGAGAAACAGUUAUCAAAUAUACAAGGAGCUACAUACUGUCCUCAAGUCCUCAAGUUAUGUUAAUGGUGACAAUCACAGUCAUUUUGAAGGAGGCGUUAAGCUCGGGGUCGGGGCAUUUAAUCUGAUGUUGUCGCUGUUGCCAACAAGGACUCUCAAGUUGUUGGAAUUUGUGGGCAUCUCUGGUAACAAAGAGUUCGGCCUAGAGCAGCUUCAGGAGGGCUCAGCAGAGCACACGCUUAGGUCUUUAAUAUGCACCUUGAUGUUACUUUGCUACCACACCUUCAUGAGCUUCAUAUUGGGCACUGGAGAGGGAGAUGUGGAAGAUGCUGAAAAAUUGUUGGCGCCUUAUCUGAAAAAGUAUCCAAAGGGAUCCAUCUUCCUGUUUUUCGCUGGCCGAAUAGAGGAAAUCAAAGGAAAUAUAGAUGCUGCUAUCAAGCGUUUCGAGGAGUGCUGUGAGGCUCAGCAGCACUGGGAACAGUUUCAUCACAUGUGCUACUGGGAACUGAUGUGGUGUUUUACAUAUAAGAGGGAAUGGAAGAUGGCCUACAUCUAUGCAGACCUGCUCAGCAAGGAAAACACCUGGUCGAAGGCCAUGUAUGCAUAUAUGAAAGGUGCUUACCUCAGCAUGCUGAGUCGGGAGGAAUGCCGGCCGUUCCCAGAGAAUGAGGUGGAAUUGUUUAGACAAGUUCCUGGUCUGAAGCAGAAAAUAGCUGGAAAGUCAUUGCCCACAGAGAAGUUUGCCAUCAGAAAAGCUCGACGCUAUAAUGCAGAAAAUCACAUUCCUCUUCCUGCACCACCAUUGGAAAUGAUGUAUAUUUGGAAUGGCUACACUGUGAUCGGGAAGCACAAGGACCUGACUGAAGGCAUGCUGAAGACUCUGAAUGAGGCCCAGCAGAAGAUCGAGCAAAGUCCAAGAACUGAGUUCACCACGGAUGACCUGUGUGUUGUCAGUCUGCUUAAAGGACUCUGUCUCAAACACUUGGGCCAAAAGCAGGAAGCCGAACAUUACUUCACUCUGGUCCUUUGCAAUGAAAGUCAGAUAAAAUAUGAUCACUACCUGGUGCCAAAUGCUCUUCUGGAACAUGGUUUACUGUGUUUGGAGAGCGGCAGAAUAGAAGAGGCCAUAACACAUCUGGAGACAGCCAAGCAAAAUUACAAGAACUACUCAAUGGAAUCACGGACACACUUCCGGAUUCAGGCUGCACUACAGAAGGCGCGAGGGACGGCUGUGAACGGAGACCAGUGUUCAGCCUCCAGUCCUUAACAGGGGUCACCAAUGGGGUCAUAGCAGCCGAGAGGAAUAAAGGAAGCCUAAAACAGCAGAAAUAAACAUAUGAAUCAUACAGGACAUACAACUACAGGCGCAUGAACAGAUAGGGCACAGUAAUGACGCUAUUAAAAUAAGUAAAUGUACCAUUAUUGUUUUUAUUAAUAGUAGUACACGUAGUACAUGAAUAAUAAUAGCUAAAGAUAUUGUGCCAGCGCCAGUUAUUUAGGCUACCUUUAGAUCUUAUAUUGGUAAUGCUCUCCACAACCUUUGGCCACCAUGUGACGUAAGGAGCCCAGACAUAGCUGUGCCUUUUGGCCAAUCAUAAUGCAUUUUUUAUUUGGUUUUGAACACACAAAUAGUUUACUUUGCAAUCUUUGGAGGUUAAAUAGCUUAUAAGUCCAUUGAUAAAUGCAACUUUUCAAAGCAUGGAUGAUUAUUUGGUUUGAGUAUACAGUAGCCUUGUCAAAUCUUAUGCAGAGGAUAAGUCACAUGUCUUUGUGUACAUAAUCGCUUUUAGCAAGAAAAGAAUACAAUGUACACUGGAAAUUUGGGGGAUUUAUUUAGCUAUUUCUUUAUUUUGUAUUUAUUCACUGUUACAUUGGCUUCUAAAACUGUCCAGGUUUAAGUGGGCAGUUGAAUGUGUCUUUUAGAAAGGCGGUCUCCUUCAUGUGGACUUGGUCCAAAUCGUACUCGAGCUCAAACAAACAAGCCUUUGGAUACAUGCAGGGCAGGCUGGUGUGCCAGUUUUAACCAACAUGAGGGAUGCAUUGAUAACCACUACAGCCUUACAUUAUUAAAGGAGAGAAACUUUAAGCUGGCUCAGGACAGAGGAAUAGAUUUUGUUCAGUGUAUGAAUGCUACUUUAUGGAGCUUUUCACCGUAGUGUGAAAUUAACAGUGGCAAUUUUCUUCUCAAUUGCAGUGUAUUUUUUGUUUUAAUUGUGUUUUAAAUGUAUUUAUCCCAGAUUUAUUAAAUUCCAUUGAAGGAUUGUUCCACUGCAAUGUAUUUAUCAGAUCCACUUCAACUGAAGUCUUAUUUUCAUCAAGCAAAAAAACAUGUUUUGAAUUAUAAAUGUCUUAGCAAUGAACUAUUAAAUGACAUGAGAGGCCAAAAAUUACAUUAACACUCAUAAAUGGCAAAGAAAAAAUGUAUGAAAAUGAAUGAUGAAUAUCAAAAUAUGUUUUUAUUUGUGACCCCACCUGUGAAAUCUAGGAGCAUCAAAGUUUGAUUCCACUUUAAAGUGCACCUUUUAUCUCCAUUAUUACAAGAUGUAAUGUAAGUCUCAUGUGUGUGUGCACUAAAUGUGUUCAGCUCAAAAUGCCCUACAGAUAAUUUAUUAUAGCAUGUCCAAAAUGCCCAUUUGCCUUUGUGUGUACAUUUAAAUGCAAAUGAGCUACUGCUUCUCACUCCCUUACCAAAAGAGACAGUAAGCACUUUCAGUUAAAACAUCGUUGAGGGAAAAACUAUGGUAAUGCAGGACUGUAGGUUAGUGGCCGUGGGCGGGGCUUUAUCAGUGUGACAUCACAUUAACAAGAGAAUUGUAACAGCAUGUCAAAUAAGACUGCUUUGGUUUAAAAAAAUUGUGGGGUGGUUGUGUUCACACACUGCCAACACACAUCUAUCUCCAAACACCUUGUAAAAGUGGAUUUUGCAUAAAAGGUGCACUUUAAUGGGGAUAUAUCAUUAAAAUCUGUCUUUUUCCAUUUUUAAGCGCUAUAAUUGGGUCCCCAGUGCUUCUAUCAACCUAGAAAGUGUGUAAAAGAACAACCCAGUAACUUAGUUUUUAUAAACCGUUCUCUGCAAGCAUGUGAAAAAAUAGGUUGUUGAAAUUUGGCUCCCCUUGUGAUGUCAGAAAGGGAUAAUAUCGGCCCUUACAUUUUUGCUCACACCUACAAAGUGGCAAUUUUAAUAUGCUAUAAUAAAUUACCUAUAUGGUAUUUUGAGCUAGAACUUUACAUACGUGUUCUGGGGACACCAAAGAUUUAUUUGACAUCUUAAAAAGUCUUGUGAAAUGUCCCCUUUAAUCUUUUGACAGGACCGUACUCAAUCAAGGUUAUAUUUUCACUGAAUGUUCUGUAAAUUAUAUAGGAUGAUUUUAUGUAGAAAACUGUAAAUCACAAAAAAAUGACUUCAGCUGGGUUGACUGGCACAAUUAUCUCAUUGAACAUUCUUACUGAUUCAGAUUGAUUUUACAGACUUUGGGCUAUAGAGGUCAGCAAAUCCUGUAUGUGGUGCAUGGCUACUGUACAAAUCAAUAGACAAUCCUGUAAAUACUGGACUUACAUUUUGUAAUUUAAAAAUUAAAUUAUAUAAUAUCAUUCCAGACAUUGCUUUUCUCUAUUUGGAUUAAAGAGACUUAUAAUCUUG